AUGCCUUUAUCUGGCUUUGGGUCCGAUUAUUUCGAUGACGAUGAUUUUGUCGCCCCCAGUACUCUCAACGAUCUCCCAUCCCCCCGCCCCGCAAAACGUCGCCGAGUGCAGUCGUCGGCGCGCGGGGCAGACCUCAUUGACGAUGCCGCCUCAGAAACCGAUGCAGAUUCCGAGUCCGCCAUGGACGGCGAUCUACGAGAGGGUCGCCGGGAUCCAUCCUCCGACUACGACGACCCCCCAGCGCGAUCCAAGUACCGGAGCUUUGUCCCGAAACAAAGCAAGUCCCAUGAAAACAUCUUUGUCACGCAACUCACCCAACCCAACUCCAGCCCCGAGCGCAUUCGUGGGCCUAGGUGGAAAAAGCCAGACCCAAAAUCGCCCACACCGGAACCGAUGCGGACACCGCCGCUGAACGGGGCAAACAGACAAACCAACAACAAUUUCUACGACGACGAAGAAGAAUUGCGAGCUGCUCUGGCUGCUUCGCUGGAUGCGUUCGAGGAGGAGAGCUUGAGGACAACGAAAACGGCCGAGAACCCAAAAAUGUCACUAAACACAGGGCUACCGAAGGAGAAUAGUGGCUCCCUGGACGUCUCCUUCGAACUGGACAAUAUCCCUGAUGAUGCAUUCGACUCCUCCCCAUCUCUAUCCCCGGUAUCACGGCCGGCGCAGCCGACGCAACCCGCCUCCUCCUUUUCAUCGAGCUCAUCACACUCUGCAAAUCGAUCAAGUCUUAUGCGCCAGAGCACCCUCUUCGGCAUGCUUGCGCCAAACCCGGUUCGCAUGGCACCCCGAGAACAGGACUGGGCGCCACCAGACAACGUUGAGCCUCCGACGCACCACAAGCUCAACCAAGACACCCUCAAUACGUGGUGGUACCCGACGAACUUGGGCAGCAUCCGAGAUUACCAGUAUAACAUCACUCAGAAAGGGCUCUUUCACAAUAUGCUCGUUGCGUUGCCGACUGGUCUGGGUAAGACCUUUAUCGCAGCAACGAUCAUGUUGAAUUGGUUCCGGUGGACAAAAGAUGCGCAAAUCAUUUUCGUGGCUCCAACAAAGCCAUUGGUCUCGCAACAAGUCUCGGCGUGUCUGGACAUCGCCGGCAUACCACGAUCACAAACGACCAUGCUCACCGGGGGCGCAGCACCUGGGAUCCGUGCAGAAGAAUGGCAAGCCAAGCGCGUCUUUUUCAUGACCCCACAAACAUUAAUCAAUGACCUCAAAACGGGAAUUGCCGAUCCUAAACGUAUUGUGCUUCUGGUUGUGGAUGAGGCCCAUCGCGCUACUGGUGGUUACGCGUAUGUGGAGGUUGUCAAGUUCCUACGACGGUACAACAGAAGCUUCCGGGUCUUGGCCCUAACAGCAACGCCCGGCUCGACCGUGGAAUCUGUCCAGGCGGUUAUUGAUGGGCUAGACAUCUCGCGAGUUGAGAUUCGUACCGAGAAUUCGAUUGAUAUCCGAGAUUAUGUACACGCUCGUAAUAUCGAGAUCGAAACCUUUGAGAACUCGGAGGAGAUGCUCUUCUGCAUGGAAUUGCUCUCCACGACUCUUCGUCCGCUUGUGGAACAGCUGACCACAUUAAAUGCAUACUGGGGACGCGAUCCUAUGGCUCUGACUGCCUACGGUCUCACCAUGGCCAGACAGAAAUGGAUGCAAUCUGAUGCCGGUCGAAAUGCCAAUUUCGGUUUGAAGGGCAAGGUCAACGCUAUCUUCACUGUUCUUGCCAGUCUCGCACACGCCAUCGAUCUGCUCAAGUUUCACGGAAUCGUCCCGUUUUAUCGCCACCUGCAGCACUUUAAAUCCAAUACCGAUGGCCAAAAGAGCGGGAAAUGGCAAAAGGAGGUGGUACAAGAUGACAGUUUCAAGAAACUGAUGGGUCAUCUCGAACCCUGGAGCAAAAACCCCGAAUUCAUUGGUCAUCCAAAACUAGAGUAUCUCAAGUCUGUGAUUCUCAACCAUUUCAUGGAUGCGGGUGAGGGACAAGACACAGGUGAUUCCAGUGCGCAGCCAGCUACGCGAGUUAUGAUCUUCGUUCAUUUCCGUGACAGUGCCGAAGAGGUGACGAGGGUGCUACAGCGCUAUGCACCCAUGAUCCGGCCUCAUAUUUUUGUUGGUCAAAGCAGUGCCAAGGGAUCGGAAGGCAUGGACCAGAAGACUCAACUGAAGAUCAUCGAAGAGUUCAAGGGAGGCACAUAUAACACAAUUGUCGCGACAUCAAUAGGAGAGGAAGGCUUAGAUAUCGGAGAGGUGGAUCUCAUUGUCUGCUACGAUUCUUCGGCCUCGCCAAUUCGCAUGUUGCAGCGAAUGGGUCGAACAGGUCGCAAAAGAGCGGGAAAUAUCACCUUGCUCCUCAUGAAGGGCAAGGAAGAAGACUCGUAUAUCAAAGCCAAGGAUAACUACGAGAAGAUGCAGCAGAUGAUUGCCAAUGGAUCUCAAUUCACUUUCCACGACGAGCGAUCUGCCCGGAUCCUUCCUUCGGGAAUGAAGCCUACGCCUGACAAGAGAAUCAUCGACAUUCCACCCGAGAAUUCCCAGCAGGGUCUACCUGAGCCAAAGCGUCGGGGUCGGGCACCCAAGCGACCUCCGAAGAAGUUCCACAUGCCUGACGACGUGGAGACUGGUUUUACUCGAGCCUCGACGCUGGGAGAAGGGACUAACAAGCAGAAGCCCAAGCCCAAGGCUAAGGCCCAGCAGAAGGCCUCGGCGCCCAAUAAGCGGGCCCGGACACCAACACCUGAACCUAUGGAGAUUCCCCCAUUGAAUGAAGUGGUGCUCAGUGCAACUGAGCAAACCGAGCUCGAGGGUCAUUAUCAGAACAUUGGCGAUACAUCGCCACAAAUCAUUCGGUUUCCGCGCCAUGAUGCUUUUCCCGACCUGCAACGCGUUGCAAGGCCCACCAAAGCUGUACGACAUGGGUCCAUCACACAGCGCAUGGUCAAUACUCUGCAAAAGAUUGAAGCUGCAGGACCUGAUUGUGGAGAUCGAUUUCGAAAGAUCCUGGCUGAUGAGCCCGCCUCCAAACAAAUUUCUCUGGACAACACGAAGCAGCGUCGACAGAGCAACAAAGCAAAAAAGACGCCCAGACAGUCUGGUUCACACGGCAAAUCUCUUCCAUUGGCCAAGAGUCCUCAGGAUGCCGAGAUUGCUGCCUUUUUGUCUCCAAAAAUGUCUGAUAUGGAGUCUCAACCAAAGAAGAAUCCUACCGAGCAGCCUCAUCCUCAACCUUUCUGUUUCACUGGGAGUGAAUUUGAUGAUGAUGGAUCCGACCUUGAUCUUCCAGAUGCAAGUGUACUCUUCAAUCAGGCAAAUAAUAAGACGCGUAACACCCGGCCAACUGUUCAAGGCAGUGAUGACUGGUAA